AUGGGGCGAGGCGCUCGUCUCAGGUCAAAGCGAGCCAACCAAUGGGCAACCGGCAGCACGGCUUCUCACAGAAACCCGCAAGCACCGCAAAACAACAAUGCGUACGCAACUCUGGGAGCAUUGGAGUAUGAAGAUCAAGAAAUGAAUGCCGACCUCACGGAGCGGUUCCGGGGCAUGCCUUCCAUCUCUUCCGAACCCAAUUACAUCCCCCACGAUGACAUUCCCAGGUCCGGACGGCCCAGGCCCAACAACGAUAUACGGGAGUACUUCGAACUAGCCAAGCUGCAAGUCGCUGGUGGGGCAUGGCUGGGCAAGCCCGAGAUCCCUAGUCCCUCGGAAAUAUUACGCCCAGAAUCUGAUAUCAGAAACGGCAACGAAGCACUCAUCGAGGUUGACGAAACCAUUCGCCCACACAAGCCAGAAGGUGCAUACAAGGACGAAGAAGAAUAUCUGGGAACCAAGUACGAGCUACUACGAGAGGACGCAGUCCGAUCACUCCGCGAGAUCAUCAGCGAGGUUCGCGCAGAUCCUUUCAAAGAUGAGGCGGAAUACAGCGACCAGAGUAUUGGUAUCUACGAUCCCGUGUACAUCACAUCACUUGUGUUUUCACUGCGAGGGCUCGCAACGCGUGUUGCCUUCUCACUCAGCCGAGUCAAAAAGCACAUUCGAUGGGAGCAAUCGAAGAGAUUGAUAACUGGCACCCUUGUUGCCUUGUCGCCUACCGACGAUGCGUUUCAAACCCAAUGCGUUCUGGCAGUAGUCGCAGCCCGCCCCAUCUCUGCACUAGAGCAAAAUCCGCCUGAGAUCGAUCUGUUCUUCGCGCGUCCGGAAGACCAGGAGAUAGAUCCAAUGCGGAAGUGGAUCAUGGUGGAAUGUCGGAGCAGCUUCUUCGAAGCCAGUAGACACACUCUACUUGCUCUUCAGCACCUCAUGAGAGAGCCGUUCCCGCUGUCGAAGUAUCUGGUGCAUGUUCAACAGGAGGUUGAGCCUCCACGUUACAUCAAGCAUAACCCUUUUAUCAAUCUAAGCUCCCUCGUCAGCAUGGAGGAGAGUACAGCAUACGAGAACGUCAACGUAUUGGAGGAUUGGCCUACCAUGUCCUCGCACACCCUCGACAAUUCUCAGAGCAAGGCUUUGAAACGGAUGUUGACAAGCGAGCUGGCUAUUGUGCAAGGCCCUCCAGGAACAGGAAAGACGUUCGUGUCUGUCGUGGCACUGCAAAUCGCCCGCGAUAACCUACGCAGAGAUGACUCUCCUAUCAUUGUUACUGCACAGACAAACCACGCUCUUGACCAGCUACUCAGACAUACGUCACAGUUUGAGCCCAACUUCAUUCGCCUGGGAGGAAGAAGUAAGGACAAGGAGAUCAAGAAGCGAACGUUGUUCGAAGUCCGCCAGGAUCUUCCCCAGCAGAAACAGCCAGGCAGCCAGAAGGUUCAAGCUACCAUCGCACUGAGGAAACUGACGGUUCAGUGUCAGCUGUUACUGGCACCUUUGGAAGCCAACAAAGGACCUCUCGACCACAAAGUCUUGGAGGGUCUAGGGUUGAUGACCAAGGAGCAGGCCGAAUCGCUCGAAAUGGACUCACAGUAUACUAUGGGCGGUUCAUCGACCGAUAGUCCGGGCAUCUUGAUGGAGCAAUGGCUUGGAAGAUGUCUGGCUCCGUGCGAUCGUCCGAUUGGGCCAGACCAGUUCGACUGGGGAUACGAAGAAGAAGACCUGGAAGUGGAACAGCUCAAGGAACUCGAAGCAGAAGCCGUGGCUCAGGACGACGACGAUAUCGAAGCUCUCCGUGGAGAAGUGGUAUUGCUACGUGACAACCACAAAGGUACUGGAGCGUCGCUGAACAAUGCCGAUAUCGCGAACAUCUUACGGAAGACGGACGAUCUGACGAUGAUUCCUGUUACCCAACGCGGCACCAUCUACAACUACUUCAAGCGGGAGGCCAAGAGAAUGAUUACCACCGAAAUCCGCAAGAUCGCUAAAGGCUACCAAGAAGCAGUCUUCCAACGUAAGGCAGGCAUGUGGGAAGAAGACGUGCGUGUUCUCAGCAAAGCGCGCAUCAUUGGCUGCACCACAACAGGUCUAGCAAAGUAUCGCGCUCUACUUUGCGCUCUUCGACCACGCAUCUGUAUCGUCGAGGAAGCAGCCGAGACAUUGGAGGCGCCUGUCACUGCAGCCUGUUUCCCGAGCAUGGAACACCUUAUCUUGGUCGGGGAUCAUCAACAGCUGCGACCCCAUACCCAAGUGCGUGCAUUUGAAGAUGAACCCUACUUCUUGAACCUGUCAUUGUUCGAGCGUCUAGUCUGGAACAACGUCGCAUUCGAGACACUCACCAGACAACGUCGUAUGAUUCCAGAGAUCCGACGUCUCUUGUACCCCAUCUACCAGGAUACGCUCAAGGAUCACAAGAGCGUGAAAAAUCUCGAUAAUCGUCCCCCAGUCGAGGGCAUGGGCGGCAACAACAGCUUCUUCUUCUGCCAUGAGUGGCAAGAGUCCCGCGACGCCAACAUGUCGGCAGUAAACGCAGCUGAGGCAAGGAUGAUCGUUCAGUUCUUCGACUACCUAGUCCUCAACGGUGUAGAUGCCACCAAGAUUACCAUCUUGACCUUCUACAAUGGCCAACGCAAGCAGAUCCUCCGAGACAUAAGGGCGCAUCCGAAUCUGCGAAUGUACCCCGGCAUCCAGGUUGUCACAGUGGAUAGUUACCAGGGCGAGGAAAACGACAUCGUCCUUCUUUCUUUGGUGCGGUCGAAUCACAAGCACUCUAUUGGCUUCCUGAGCUCUGAAAACCGAGCUUGUGUCGCGCUGUCUCGAGCGAAGCGUGGCUUCUACAUCUUCGGGAACGCAGAGCUUCUAGCCUGCGAGAGUGGUACGUGGGCUUCUGUGGUUGAUAUCAUGUUCAAAAACAAGAAGUCCAAGCCAGCUACAGGUCAAGAGCGACGCGUGGGUUAUCAGUUCCCGCUGAAAUGCCGCAACCACGGACGCAAAAUAUGGUGCGAAGUGCCCGAAGAUUUCGAUCUCAUCAAAGGCGGCUGCGACAUCAAGUGCGAAGGCUCGUUGCCGUGUGGUCAUCGCUGCCCGUACCCAUGUCACCCCUUCGAGCACGACAUGAUCAACUGCACACAGAAGUGCUCCAAGCGUGUCGAGGCCUGUGGUCAUCCUUGCGUCGCGGAGUGCUGCGAUCCUUGCAAGUGCCACAUGUGUGAGCGGCGCAGUGGAGGCGUCAAAUCAACGCUGAAACCAGCAAACGGGGCAACGUCGUUUCGUGGAGCCCGGCCAAACACGCGAAGCUUGAUGCUCGAAAACACGCUGCCUGCGACCUCUAGACGUGGUGUGCGCUCCGACACUGCACGCAUGACGACUCCAGGGCUAUCGGACUGCAGUACCGUGCAGUGGGAUGUAUACGCUAAUGGCGGUGGUGUCCAGGAAGAUGACGCGCGAGCCUUUGCAAAGAUGAAAGCAGAGGAGGCCGAAUACCACGCCCGUAGGGCAUCUACACCCCAGACUGGCGUUUCCGCUUCAGAUGGCAGGCUUAUCGAGAUGUCGCCAGUGAAAGCAGGACCUGUGUCCAAGAACACAAACCUGCUCCUGGAACUCGACUUUGAGCCAGAGCAUAACCAACAGACGAGCCGGGCGCAUGCGAGUGCUGCAAAUGCCUCUUUCAGUCUGCUCGAUUGA